AUGGAUCGGCGAAAAAUCGGCGACAAUGGUGAUCAUGCUGGAGAAAAAUUAUGGAUGUCUGCUAAAAAAUACGUGACUAUGUUGGAACUUUGCUACACUCCAUUAAAACUUCCAUUGGUUCCCGCAGCAACGCUGGGGCGAUUUCGCCACUCUCUCCUAAAAUUCUUUCAUCCAAACGAAGCAGAACAUGUUGCAGCAGAAAUUCCUUCUUCAGAAUCAAUCCAGAAAAAUAAAAUAGUAGGCGACCAAGAAAAUAGGAUACUCAUCUCAUAUUCAGUGUCCACCACCCAACUAGAUGCAGCUACAGGAGGGGUUCCCAUUAUCAAUCCAACAACUCCAGGAACUCCUAUAGUAAAUCCAGUAGACUCUCCUCCGGCACCAAUAGGAAUCAAUCCAAUACCUACAACGCCUCCAGCUGGUAUGAUGCCCCCAGGUGGUAUGAUGCCACCAGCUGGUAUGACGCCCCCAGCAGGUAUGAUGCCCCCAGCUGGUAUGAACCCCCCAGCCGCCACAAAUCCAACCUCAUCAGGAGGGUCAUGGUGUAUUGCAAGUCCAGGUGCUUCACAAACUGCCUUACAGGUAGCUCUUGACUACGCUUGUGGCUAUGGUGGUGCAGACUGUUCUGCAAUUCAACAGGGCGGAAGUUGUUAUAAUCCAAACACCCUCCAUGAUCAUGCUUCUUAUGCUUUCAAUAGCUACUACCAGAAGAACCCAGCUCCAACAAGCUGCGCUUUUGGCGGAACAGCACAACUUACCACAACUGAUCCAAGCACUGGAAACUGCCACUAUGCAUCCUCAACCGCGACAACAACCAGCACAAGUCCACCAGGUAAUCCAACACUAACUCCCCCAACCCCCACAAUGAUGACUCCCACAAUAGCCUCACCGGGUGGACCACCAACAGUUUAUGGCGUGCCAGAACCAACUGGCCAGCCCAGCUCAGCCACCUCUAUUUCAUGCAGUUUACUGCUCCUAUUUUCCACAACUGGUAUUGUGGGAUCACUUCUUGCAACAAAACAUCUCUAA